CCCCUUGCGUCGAGUCUUCUCGUUGCUGUUACAUGGGACACGCGCCCGAGUGGCCCUACCUGCUUGUACAAAUGGACUCGGAUGCCCGUCCUGUCCUGUCUCACGCUUCCCGUCGACGUGAUACCCGUGAGACAGCAGAUCCUACCACCGUUCCAGGCAGUUACGAGCUCCAUGACUUCGCCACAGGCCCAGCAAGCAUAGACUCAGACAGACCCACUCCCGUUAGAGACAGCAGCAGCCCUGAUGCCAGCGGCGACGGCGACGACGACGACGCUUCCCCUCCCCCCACACACUCUCUUCUCAACCGUCACGACAUGUCGCGCGCGCCUUUGCUGGUGCGCUCGUCUCCCGCUCAAGGCACCGGCUCCUAUGGCGGCCUUCCUAUCCUCUCCGUGAGCUCUAGUCCCGACGAUUCGGAAAAUCAGGUGACCGAUUUUCUGCACCCGUCGCGCAACGCGAAAAAGGGCAAGGGGAAGCAGAAAAGAAAAAGCAAACUCCGACAUAGCCAAAAUUACUCCUCUCCCGUAGACACUCGUUCCACCGACUCAUUGCGGAGCGACCCAAUAUCCACUUCGUCGCAUGCCCGCCGUCGCAGAUCCAGACACGAAUCCGACCAUGAUGAUGAACUCCCGGCCCUGAAUGAACCGCUGCUGGAAUCCCGCUUCAAUGCAAGCGCCCUAGACCCUUCCGCCGCGAGCACACGCCGUCCUUUCCAGACUGUGCAAUCUUCUUCCUCUUCCAGUAGCAAAGCGGAAAGUCCCGGCGAGGACUAUGACGACGACGACGGCGACGAAGAGGAAGCCUCCACGAGUGAAGACGACGAGGGUCUGCAUGACAUCAAGUCGAACGGUCAGCCCUCUGACAACUCACCCUACUCUCAAGUCCGCGCAUCCGUUGCAGCUACCGAUGACACAUCGCUAUCAAUCAAUACACCGCGCAUGUGGAUUCUUUCCAUGUUUUUUGCCAUUCUUGGAUCCUCCACCAACCUAUUCUUUUCCUUGAGAUACCCGAGCGUUAGCAUCACCCCUAUUAUUGCCCUUCUCCUAGUUCACCCUCUUGGUCUCCUGUGGGACCAAAUCCUUAAAUCUUCUUCCGAUCCGGAAGAAAUCUUUGUCAGCGGGAGUCUCCAAUCACGGGGGCGUCCCAACUCACGGCAGAGCCUUCGCUCCGCCCAUCUCCAGUUAUCACGGCCAACCCGCUUACGACUUUGGCUGGCUCAAGGCCGUUGGAAUGCCAAGGAACACUGUUGCGUGUACAUCAGCAGCAAUGUAUCGUUUGGUUUUGCGUUUGCGACAGAUGUCAUCGUUGAACAAACCAAAUUCUACAACCAAGAUCUUGGCGUCCCGUAUCAGGUCUUGCUCACCCUUUCCACCCAGAUACUGGGCUAUGCCCUCGCAGGAUUGACCCGCCAGUAUCUCGUUCGCCCGAGCGGCAUGAUAUGGCCCAGUACAUUGGUUUCAACGUCCAUGUUCACCACUCUGCACAAGGACGAGAACAAGCCCGCGGAUGGCUGGACCAUUUCUUCGUCAAAGUUCUUUGUGCGAGUAUUCAUGGGCUCGACUGCUUUUUACUUCCUACCGGGGCUUCUCAUGCCAGCGUUGAGCUACUUCAGUGUCAUUACAUGGUUUGCACCCAAGAACGUCGUAGUUGCCAACCUGUUUGGUAUUGCGUCAGGCCUAGGGCUAUUUCCUUUGACCUUCGAUUGGGCACAAAUUGCAUACAUUGGCUCGCCGCUCGUCACCCCCUUCUGGGCUGCCCUCAAUAUCCUCGGAGGACUCGUGUUAGUUAUGUGGAUUGCAGCUCCCCUCAUGUAUUACGCAAACGUAAUGUAUUCGUCGUAUAUGCCCAUCCUUUCGGCUGCGGUGUUCGACAAUCGCGGAAAACCGUACGACGUGAGCAAGAUCUUGACCGACAAUUUCCUGUUCGAUAAAGAUGCGUACGACAAUUACAGCCGAGUCUUCCUGCCCAUAACAUAUGUUUUAAGCUACGCGCUGCAGUUCGCCGCCCUCACAGCCUUGAUCUCGCACACAGCUCUAUGGCACGGCAAAGAUAUUGUCAACCAAUGGCGCCGCUCGUGGGCCGAAAUCCGGAGGAGUCCGGGAGCAGAAUACGAACCCCUGCAACACACAAGCCCAGCCCAUAGCCGUCCGAACUCGCCACGGGUAUACAGACACAGUACGACGUCAGAACCCGAACUAGAAAACCUUCUCACCUCAGAAGACGUCCACAACCGACUCAUGCGUCGAUAUGAGGAUGUUCCUAUCUGGUGGUAUGUUGCGACGGGUCUUUCCAUGACGGCCAUUGGAAUGUUUGUUGUUGAAUACUAUCCUAUCCAUCUCCCGUGGUAUGGUCUUCUACUUGCCCUGGCAAUCAGUACGACGCUAUUUAUCCCUAUUGGCAUUGUAAUGGCCAUUACCAAUCAGCAGAGUAGUCUGUAUCUCAUCUGCCAGCUUAUCUGUGGCGUGGCAUUCCCCGGCCGCCCAGUUGCCAACAUGGUCUUCACGACCUACGGUUACAUCACCAGCACCCAAGGUCUCAAGUUCUCGUCCGACCUCAAGCUAGGCCAUUACAUGAAGAUUCCUCCUAAAAUCCUCUUCAACCUCCAACUCACCGCCACCAUCGUGUCUAGUCUUACGCAGAUUGGCGUCCUCAACUGGAUGCUAAAGUUCGUCCCAGGUAUAUGUACCCCACAUGCGAUCAACGGAUUCACCUGUCCCAUCGCCAGAGUUCAUUUCAAUGGAAGUAUUCUAUGGGGAGUAGUGGGUCCGAAACGGUUCUUCGGCCCAGGUGCUCUUUACCGCCCACUCGUCUGGGCAUUCCUCAUCGGUUUCGUCGCCCCCAUCCUCCUUUGGCUCCCCGCACGUCGCAACCGCAAGUCCAUCUUGCGCAAAGUCAAUUUAGCCGUCGUCUUCGGCUCAUUGUCUUGGAUUCCGCCCGCGACCGGCCUCAACUUCUCGGUUUGGGCUAUUGUGUGCUACAUAUUCAAUUUUGAGAUCAAGAGGAGGAAGAAGGAGUGGUGGCGCAAGUACAACAUGACACUGAGUGCGGCGUUGGACUCGGGUCUCGCUGUGGGCGUUGUGGUCAUUUUCUUCGGCAUUCUCUACCCUGGGUGGAUGAGCGGGUUCAAGUGGUGGGGGACGGAAAUUUACAAGCAGGGCUGCGAUUGGACGGCGUGUUCAUACAAGUCGGUGAAGAAGGGAGAGACGUUUGGACCGGAGAAUUGGUGA